UACGCGGAGGGAUCGGAGCUUGUGUCAGAGAACUGAAUGAUAGGAAACACAGCACAGGUCUACUGUUCGUUAGUGCUGAGGACACGGACUCCACCGUAGGGACGUUUCGCUGGAGACAAUUUCGAAGGCGAAUGUUAACUUUCGGAUAAUACAUUCAGCUAGACUAUCUAGCGUUUAAGGGGCUGGUUUUCCUAUAUACAUAUUGGUGUUCUACAACGGAACAGCAGAAAUGUCGUCUCCAAGUCCGGGUAAAAGGCGAAUGGAUACGGAUGUGGUGAAACUCAUCGAGAGCAAGCAUGAAGUCACCAUCCUCAGCGGACUCAACGAGUUUGUAGUAAAGUUUUUCGGACCUCAAGGAACGCCGUAUGAGGGGGGCGUGUGGAAGGUGCGCGUCGAUCUUCCCGACAAAUACCCGUUCAAAUCACCAUCGAUAGGAUUCAUGAAUAAGAUCUUUCAUCCCAACAUCGACGAAGCGUCAGGGACCGUGUGCUUAGAUGUCAUCAACCAGACGUGGACGGCGCUUUAUGACCUGACCAACAUCUUUGAGUCGUUCCUGCCCCAGCUGCUGGCCUACCCCAACCCCAUCGACCCGCUGAACGGAGACGCGGCCGCCAUGUACCUGCACCGGCCCGAGGAGUACAAACAGAAAAUCAAAGAGUACAUCCAGAAAUAUGCAACGGAGGAGGCCCUGAAGGAGCAGGAGGAAGGAGCCGGAGACUCCUCGUCAGAAAGCUCCAUGUCGGAUUUCUCUGAGGACGAGGCGCAGGACAUGGAAUUGUAGUGAUGGGAUACCUUCCCCAUCCUCCUCCUCCAGCCUCCCCUUCACCCCUUCACCCCCCCCCCCCCCCCCAAGAGACUAUAUUUGAUUUCCUAACCUUGAGAAAGCAGACUUAUAAUAUUCAUAUUUAAAAAGUUGAUUUACCUUUUUUGUUUUUAUUAUUAUCUUAUCUUAUUGCUAUCAAAACGACUAAACAAUGAUUUUUAUGACGGCUUAGCCUUUCGGUGUUUACGACGUAUGAUGCACCUUGUAGAUCUGUAGGCAGUGCUCUCUCUCUUCUCUCUCCCCCCCCCCCCCCCUGUGAACCAACCCGCUGGUGGAAGGUUCCCACAGUGGUGUAUGUGGAUCACGAGACCUAGCCGUGUGACUGGCAGAAACCUGUCCCACAGACAUACAUGGUUUACAGGGUCCUCAUCAUCAUCACUCCCCGUGGGAUUAGAUGAAGAGCGGCCGGGCGUUGGGUCAAGGACAAUCGUUUUCUGUUUCAGAGUGAAACGCCUUCCUCGGGAGUGUCAUCAAGGAAGUCCCCUGAGGAAUUCCGUUUGGGAGACGCCCCACUUGAGAUCUGGUCAGGAGUAUAGUACCAGGGCUAUGUAUGCCACGAACUUGACCACCAGGUUGGAAGUCCCAGGGAAAUACGUGGAAAGAGUGGGCAGUUAAUGGAUUUCCUCUCUUUACCUCCGAAUAAGUUGGUGUUCCUGCUUUUAUUUGGCCCACCCUGGUCACCUGAAAGAUAUUUUCUUCUGUGUGUGCUGUUGUAUGUAUAUAGCACCUAUUUUGUAUAGUGCACAGUAUCUCUUUCUCUCUCUCUUUCGAUGCCUCGUCCAACUCUAAAAAUGCGGAAUCAUAAACCAAAACAGGUUGCUUCGUUUUAGCUGCCAAAGCAGCCGGAUCACCUAGGCAACCCUGGCCUUUAAAAUUUAAUUUUAAUUGCAGUGGGUUUUGAUUUGGGCAUACAGCAUGUUUGGAGCUUUUGAUGAAUUUAUUAUUUCAUAUAUAUUUUUAGUUGUGACCUUCAGCCUCAUCUGCCUCCUCACAAGAAGAAGGUGAACAUGGAUGAAAUCCGAUCAACGAUCCCCAACUAUAAAGGGUAAAAAACGAAGUGUGAAAAAACAAAAGCACAGAGUUCGAAACCAACCAUGUAUAUUGUUUUCCCUCCACACAGUCGUUCACAGUUUGACUGUUAAAGGAGAUGAAUUUAUUCUUUUGAAGUUUUCCAAGACAUUGUACAGUUUACAAACAACAAAAAAAUGAGUUUUGGUUUAGCUUAUGUCGGCUUCUGUGGCUUGGAAUUGAAACAUGUUGUUUUUCGGAUCGUAAACCAUGCAGUGAAUUAACGCAAGAUUAACGCAACCAAAAGGUAGAGAACCGUUAACUCAAAGAGUUGCCGAACUCUGCAAACAUCUUAACGUGUCUACGUGGCCGCAUCACAGUUGUAGUUAGCUAGUUUGUUGUGAACCUUUCAAAUAAGGGAGUCAUCGUCCAAUCAGAUUCAGUUUUCAAUUCUUGAUUUUUUUUGUCAGUUUCUUUGUCCAUGUAUGACACUCCACACAGACUUCCCUACCUGAGGUGUGUGUGUGUGUGUGUGUGUGUGUGUGUGUGUGUGUGUGUGUGUGUGUGUGUGUGUGUGUGUGUGUUCGCGCACGGCUGUGAUGAUUUACAUCUUCAGUUCUGCCUGAAAGCACAUCAAAUACCUUUUCAGGUUUUUUUUUACAGUAUUUUCAGUGCAUACGUUUACAGGAUUCAAGGCUCUGUAAUAUGACUCAAUGUUUCUGUAAAAACACAAAACGAUUUUUAUCAAGGAUUGGUAGCGUGUCAUACUACUGCUAUGUUGUAGUUCUUUGUCCAUGGCCCUAUAUUUCCAUCUUGAUGUCUGACCUGAGUAGUUCGGCCACUGUACAAGUGUUAAAAAGACACCUGACGUCAACCUGCAAAAUGGAGGCACAGCACAUUGGAUAUAUGUUUCCAUGGCACAAACGUCUCGUGCUUUCCCCUAAGCUGCCUGUAAACAUAUUUUUAUUUUUUAUUUUCUUAAUCAUUUAAAAUGCCCCCACUAUAGUGUGAAGAGUACACCGAACCUCAUUUAUUUUUAAUCUGUUUAAAAGUAGAGAUAGGAAUUCAAUUGUUAAUUAAUUGACUUCUCAUUUAUGCCGUAUUCUGUUAUACAACUAAUUCAUUUGCUUUUGAUAAGCAGCACCAGAGGAAAGUGAUAAUCGCCCUCAUAAUGUUAUCAUUUUUAUUAUGUUAACCCUCCCCCUCAAAAAAGAACAAAAUUAAUCCACCGGACAGGAUGGUCCACAUAGGAGCUGGUGUAGUUUGGUCCUUAUAACUGCUAGUUUUUAUCCCUUUCUCUCUUCGCACAAACUAAGUAAGCUGCAGCAAGAUUCAGCCAGGUUUGUUUUGGUUUCAUUAUUUAUUACUUUGAGUAGAGGAUACAAUAACUAAUGCCCAGUUAAUCAGUAUGCUUCCCUUACAGAUUCGAUUUAUUUUGGUUCCAAUAUUUUGAAUUUGUUAUUUAGUUUGACAUGCUUUUGUGCCCCUUCCUGAUUUCCUCUUUUGUUAAUAAGGUAGAUAAGCGUUUAUCAUUCUCAAGUCGACCGACAGACGUAUUGCCGCCUACAGCACAACUAAGUUUAUCUGAACAACACUCCACCCACACCCUGCCGGUAUAAAAAAAGGAAAAAGAAGGCACGCACACGCACACGUACGUGUUGGUUUGUUCAUCUCCUGUGCACCUGCAUGCUUCCCGCGUUGAUUUGAGCGUGCGCACCUCCCAAAUCUCGUCUUUGUUGCCGGAGUGGUUGUCCUUUGCUGGCCGACUGUUGCCACUAGAGGGCGAAGCAGCCAAACUUACGAUGGCAAACUGCUGGUUAUUAUUUAUUAUUUUAUAGUAACUGUAUUUGGUACCUAGUGUGUGAUAAUUGGGAAGGAUCUAAAGAUUGAAUUAUUAUUUUUUACAAAUCCGUCCCUGGUAUUUUUCCUAACCGUUUUCCUGCUCUUCUCCGUUUUUCAUAUUUGCAUUGUGAAGUGGGCAUGAGGGCUCUCUGUCAAUAGGCUUAUAACCUCUUAAAUAGUUGUGUAUAAAAUAAACUGUUAUAACUUUUUUUUAAAUAAAACAAUAAACGUGUCCAUA